CCAAGUGCUGUCACUGAAAUACUAAAAUACAUAUUCCAUAUACAUUUGCGAAACUAUAAAAGAUAACAAUCUAUUGAUUACGUAUAUAUUUUUGGUCACGUCCGGAGUCACGUACAGUCGAAUAUCUCUAACCAACAAUGUCUCAAAGCAUCCAAUUGAAGAAUCCCCAUCUGGAAGGAAUGCCAUCCGAUUAUCUGUACCAUCUGGCCAUCAAUGUGCCCGACACCAAGAACACGAGCGACAUUCAGAAGCAGUUUGGAGAUGUCAGGGUGAUCUGCACGGGUGGCACCGCAACACGUAUGCUGGAACUGGCCAAAUAUCUGGGCAAGCUGUUGGGUGUGCAGGACACCAGCGAGCCUGUGGAUUUGUGCGCCAAGGGACAUCGCUACGCGCUCUACAAGGUGGGCCCAGUGAUUUGUGUCAGCCAUGGUGUCGGCUCCUCCACUUUCAGCGUGGUGCUGCACGAGCUGCUGAAGCUGGUCCACUACGCCAAGUGCCAGGAUCCGAUAUUCCUAAGGAUCGGCACCUGCGGCGGCAUCGGUGUGACCCCCGGCACGGUUGUCGUAACGAAGGAUGCCUUCAACGGCUUGCUCCGCAACGAACACGAGAUUGCAAUUCUCGGAGAGCGUGUGGUGCGCCCCGCCCAGUUCCCAGAGAGUGUGAUCAAGGAUAUUCUGGCAUAUGGUGGCAGGGCCGAUGAUGGUUUCCAAAUCAUAAGUGCCAAUACCAUGGGCACAGACUGCUUCUACGAGGGUCAGGGUCGUACUGAUGGUGCCAUAUGCGAGUACACGGCUGAGGACAAGAUGAAAUUCUUGCACAAGUGUCAUGACCUGGGCAUACGCAACAUCGAAAUGGAGGCCAGCUUCUUUGCCUCCGUCACCCAGAAGAUUGGCGUGAAGGCUGGCGACAUCUGUGUGACGCUACUCAACCGUCUGGAUGGCGAUCAGGUUAACGCCGAGAAGAAGGAAGAGUUUGAGCAUCGCCCAUUCCUCGUUGUGGGUCGCUACAUUCAGCAACUCUUGAAGAAAUAAUUCGGAUCUGCACACCGCCAUUUAAUACUUCAUAAAUAUUUGUUUUUCGCCUAAAAAUAUUCUUAAAGUUU